AUGGCCUCUUCAAUCCCCAUCGUCAAGAAGCGAACCAAGACCUUCAAGAGGCACCAGUCUGACCGAUACCACGGUGUCAAGGAGGCAUGGAGGAAGCCGAAGGGUAUUGACAACCGAGUCCGACGAAGGUUCUCGGGUCAGACCCCUAUGCCCAAGAUUGGAUACGGAUCGAACAAGAAGACCAAGCACAUGAUGCCCAACGGUUUGAAGUCGGUCGUCGUCUCCAACCUCAAGGACUUGGAGCUCUUGUUGAUGCACACCAACAAGUACGCCGCUACCAUCGCCCACAACGUUUCUUCCAAGAAGAGGAUCGAGAUCUUGGCCCGUGCCAAGGUCUUGAACGUCAAGGUCACCAACGCCGCUGCCCGUCUCCGAACCGAGGAGGCAUAA